UUUUCUUAACUGUCUGCCUGUUUUACUAUCUAUCCUAUCUUAUAAUUACUUUUGUACUGUAUUGAUUUGGACAUAAGCACAAAAAAAAUACAUGUUUAAUACAGAUGUAAUUUUUUUCUAUUGUAUUUUCUAUCCAUGGUUGCUUGAAUUCACAAAUAUAGAGGGCCAACUUUACUUAUGUAGAUCUGUGUCUGUGCUCUCUACUCUGUUUCAUUGAUAUAUUUGGAUAUGACUUUUGGUGAAAUCCUGUUGAGCCUGAUAAAAUAAAGGUAUUGUGUCCAACUACAACUAAAAAAAUAUUUAAAAAAAUAAAAUAUAUUCUGGCUGUGUCAGAUCAGCUUAUAAUUAUAUUGAGGUUCCACUAUGAAUGUAAGUCAAUCUUUUUUAUUUUAAUAAUUUUUUACACCUUUAUUUUAUUUAUUUAUUUUUAUGUAGUGCUGAGGAUCAAUCUCAGCACCUUGCACAUGCUAGGCAAGUACUCUACCACUGAACUAUAAUCCCAGCCCGAUCAAUCUUUCUUUCUUUGUCUUUUUUGGGCUGGGAAUUGAACACCUAGGGGUACUUUACCCCGAGCUAUGUCCCCAAUCCUUUAAAAUUUUGUUUUUCUUUGCUUUGAAACAGGAUCUUGUUAAGUUGCUGAGGUUGGCCUUGACUUCAUGAUCCUCCAGCCUCCCAAUCCCACCCUGGGAUUAUAGGCUUGUGUCACCAUGUCUGAUUCAGAUCAGUUCUUCACAUUAGAGGCUGCCUUUCUUCCCACAUCUCAGCUUUUUCUUUAACGUUCUCUAUUUUUAUUUUCUUUCUUCCUUCCUCUCCCUCCCUCCUUUGCCUUUUUUUUUUCUUCAAUGGAUUUGACAUUUUGUUUCAGUUAAACUCAUCCUUCUCUGUCUUUAGAGUAUCAGAAGACCAAAGGUUGACCCAAUCUUAUGGAAAGAUAUUUGUGAUUCUUCAUUGCUUUCCCUCAUGAUAUUCCUUUCCUCAUGUACAGGGUAUCCACUACUCACACCCAAUCUGAUCUCCCAGUGGGAACAAGAGGACGAACUGCAGAUAGUGAAGACAGAACUUAUCCAGGGCACCUGUACGGAGCAGCACCAGGAAGGCAAGAAUCCCUGGGAGAAACUGGCCUAGGAGGAGAAAAAAAUAAAAUAGAAAUAAAGCAAAAGUUUGUUUUGUCUGAGGAGGCUCAUUAUCCACAGAUGCCUCAGAGGACUAUUUUGACUGUUUAUCUGUCCUCUCAUACUUUCCUUGUUCUUGGCAAAGAUCUCCAUAUUUGCUUUUUUUUAAGUUUGCUUUUGGUUUUGAGUCUCUACUUAAUACUAAGGAAUUAGUUGCUCUUCAAGAUAACAAUGGAGAAAAAAUAUCCAAUAAACAGAAAAUAGUGAGAUUCAAAAGAAAUGGUUCCUGCUCCUCUAUUUUACAUGAAAACCAGGACUCCCAUGGUGUGGAUGAUUGGAACAAAAGCCAUGAGAAAGGUUUAAGUCAUGUGGUAGAGAACAUCUGUGAAUACAAUGAAGAAAAUCAAUGUGGACAAAUUUCAAAUCUUAUGCUCCAGAGAACUACUGAAGUCAAAUCCUUUGAAUGCUAUGAGUGUGGAAAGUCCUUCCUGUUUCAUUCAUCACUUAAGAAUCACACCAGAUCUCAUGCUGGAAACAAACCCUAUCAGUGUAAGGAAUGUGGGAAAGCCUUCCAUUUUCUUUCUUGUUUUAAAAAGCAUAUGAAAACUCCUACAGAAGAAAAACCAUAUGAAUGUAAGGAAUGUAUAAAGGCCUUCAGUUGUUUCUCCAUGUUCAGAGCACAUAUGAAAAUUCAUAGUAAAAAGGCAAAGUAUGAAUGUAAGGAAUGUGGGAAAACAUUCAGUAGUUCUUUCCACCUCACAGAACACAAAAGAAUUCACAGUGGAGAUAAGCCCUAUGAAUGUAAGGAAUGUGGGAAGGCCUUUAGUUGUUCCUCAUCACUUUCCAAACACAAAAGAAUUCAUAGUGGAGAUAAGCCAUAUGAAUGUAAGGAAUGUGGGAAGGCCUUUAGCUAUUCCUCUCAUCUUAUAAGACAUAUAAGAAUUCACACAGGAGAAAAGCCUUAUGAAUGUAAAGAGUGUGGGAAGGCCUUCAGUGAAUCCUCAAAACUCACUAUACAUGUGAGGACACACACCGGAGAGGAGCCCUAUAAAUGUAAGGAAUGUGGGAAAGCCUACAAUUGCCCCUCCUCCUUAAGUAUCCACAUGAGAAAACACACUGGAGAGAAACCUUUUGAAUGUCUGGAAUGUGGAAAAGCCUUUUAUCUUUCCACUUCCCUGAUCACACAUGUGAACAAUCAAAGUAGAGAGAAACCCUAUGCAUGUAAGGAAUGUGGGAAGGCCUUCAGUUGUCCCUCAUCCUUUAAAACACACUUGAGAGAUCACAGUGGUAAGGUGCAACAUGAAUGUAAGGAGUGUGGGAAGGCCUUUAGUCGUUCCUCAUCGCUCACUGAACACCUAAGAACUCACAGUGGAGAAAAGCCUUAUGAGUGUGAAGAAUGUGGGAAAGCCUUCAUUAGUUCUUCCCAUCUUACAGUACAUAGAAGAACUCACACUGGAGAGAAACCUUAUGAGUGUAAAAUAUGUGGGAAAGCCUUUAUUCGUUUCUCACCUUUUAGUAUCCACAUGAGAACCCACUCUGAGGAAAAACCAUAUGAAUGUAAGGAAUGUGGAAAGGCAUUUCGACAUUCUUCAUACCUUACUAUACAUGCAAGAAUGCACACUGGAGAAAAACCCUUUUUAUGUCUGGAGUGUGGAAGAGCUUUCAGUUCUCCCUCAUCCUUUGGGAGACAUGUGAGAAGCCAUACUGGAGAGAAACCAUAUAAAUGUGAGGAAUGUGGGAAAGCCUUCUUUAGUUCUUCCUAUCUUACAGUACAUACAAGAAUUCACACUGGAGAGAAACCUUAUAAAUGUAAAAACUGUGGGAAAGCCUUUAUUGGUCCAGCCUACUUUCGAAGACAUGUGAAAAUUCACACAAGGGACAACAUAUAAAUGUAAGGAGUAAGGGAAUCUCUGCAAGACUUUUUCUGAACUAAUGCAAUUUGUGAAGUCUCAUUUUGUGAAGUCUCACACUGUAGAGACACUAUAAAUGUGAGAAAAUAGGAGAUUAUCACUCAUUCUUUUCUUGAAGAGUUGAGGACAACUGAGCGAAACCCUGUGUUUGUAAGCUAUAUGGUAAAGCCAUUUGAUUUUGAACAUAACUUUUGAUUUUGAACAUAACUUGUGCCACAGUCUGGCUGGGCUGUGCAAAGUAGCCGGGGUGGGGGUGGGGGGGGGCGACAAGCAACUUGUGAAGUUUGAAACAGCGGGAGCCUCUUUAUUCAGAACAGCACAGGUAUAUAUACCCAACUAAAUACACACAGCUUAUCUCAACAUCAUCUAAUUACAGCAGUCAUUAAGGAAUCCUUAUCAUCUUAAUAAUUAGACACAGCUUAACUCAAUUAACAUCAUCUAGAUACAGCAGUCAGUCAUUAAGGAAUCCUCAUCAUCUUAAUAGUUCGCUGGUGUUACUUGUCAAACCACUCCUGCUGCCAAAGUGCCAGGCGCCUACUUGACUUGGCUGUGGCUCUCAACACUUGUAGAAGAAAAUUCAAAAUUUGAGCUAGAAGAGAAGAUCAGUGCCUCAUUAAAGUGGACUUCUAGAUUUUCAAUGUUUUCUAAUAGGAAGAUUUAAGGUUAUAUGUUUCCCUUGUCAGCUUUUAUGACAUACUUUUGAGUAUGAGGCGAGUUUCUUUAGCUGAGAUGUAAAUGUUAUUUCCAUUACAAAGUCUUUUGGACUCUUGGGAGAUUGUGUGUGUACAUGUGUGUAUGCUUCUCCUCUGAGACAGGGUCUGGCUAUGUUGUCCAGGCCUGUAAAUCCUAGAGUUCUGCCUUAGCCUCCUAAGUUUGGGAGUGCAGGCAUAUAUCAUUGAGUCUGGCUCAAGUGCAUUUUUUUUUUUUUUUUUUUGCAGGCAGGAAAAUGAUUUUUUUUUUUUUUAAUUGUUGUUUAAGUUUGAACUCACAGAAUGGGCACCUUCUUCUUCUUUGUCUUCGUCUUUGCCUUCGCCUUCUUCUUCUUCUUUGUAGUCUUCAUCUUCGCCUUCAUCAUCUUCUUCAUCUGGAUACUGCAAGCUGCCUACCCAAUAAUUCCCCCCCUUCCCUUUAAACUAAGAGUACCGACUGUUUUUGAGAAUAUCAGUGUUUACUAUUAAAGCUUUUCAUGUGUAAUAAAAAAUUUUAGUAGAAAUUAAUUAGUACAAAGGCCUUGAAAGAGUAUAGUCUCUUCUGAUUGCUGUUUUGUGUUUUAUUCUUUAUGUUUGUUCAUGAUUGGAAUCUUUGUUAAUUUAAUUUUUUCAAGUUGUAGAUGGAUCUUUAUUUAUUUAUAUGUGGUACUGAGAAUCGAACCCAGUGUCUCAUACAUGCUAGGUAAGCACUUGACUACUGAGCCACAACCCCAGCCCUCAUGGCUGGAAUUUUGAUCUAAUGUUUUAAGUUAAUAAAGUGUUAUAUUAAUUUGGAUAUGGCUGUGGACUACAUUUCCCUUAAUCACUUCUAAUCCUAGGUAAUAAGUUUUCUAAAAUAACUUUGCAAGAAGUUUGAAAGGCUUUAGGGAAGGAGCUAGAAUUGCCUGCUUAUUAGGACCAAGAUAUAGGUAGACAGAUGAGUAGGGACCUUGUGGGCCCCAGUUUUCAGCUCAUUUUUCUGAGUAUUGAACACACUGAUCCAUACUUGCUCAAAACUGAAUGUUAAGUACUUGACCUCAAUCUCCUCAGGGGCUGCACCUCCACAAACGUCUCCAUUAACUCCUGUAUCCUGGCCAAUCACAGCUUAGAUUUCUCUGGCAAGCUCUGUUAUUGCCAUUUUGGCAUUUUUGCUUCUCAUUGCAGUUCCUCUGGCACUUUCAUUGCCCUGUUAGAGUUGACCAGUUUGCAGAAGGAUUGUCAUCAUGCUCACAUUCCAUUCCCAUCCUUCACUCUACUUAUGGGAUUGAUGUCUAUACAAGCCUACCAUGGUACCAAAAGUGAGUAGAGCUGUGGUUAAUGAAGUUAUCCGACUGUAAUUGAGGCAAGCCUCAGAUAGGUGUCAUCCUAUUUUGGUAGAGGAGGAUUUAUAUUUGAUACCUUCAGACAGGGAAGAUUUUACUGCCUUUAUGCGAGAAGAGGAAUGCUAUGAGCUGUUUCAGGUACAUUUUGCUUCCUCCUCCCCUUUUUUAAAACAUUGUAUUUUAAGGGGUGGUGUUGUGGCUCAGUGGUAGAGCAUUUGCCUAGCAUGUAUGAGGCACUGUGUUCAAUUCUCAGCAUGGCAUAUAAAUAAAUGAAUAAAAUAAAGGUCUAUUAACAACUAAAAAUAUUUUAGAAAAUUAUAUUUUAUCUCUUAAAAGCAUAAGUAUACCACUUCCCUUAAUCACUUUUUACUGUUUAUCAAGGUAUACAUACACUAAUGUGCAAGUUGUGUACAGCUUGAUGUAAUUUCACAUAGAUGUAUACAUCCUGGUGGACACAUUUCCAGGAUUCCAGGAAAUUCAUUCAUCUCCUUUCUCAAUAAUCACUCCACAGAGGAAAUAGGAUUUUGACUCUUAUUACGCUUGAUUUGGUGUGCUUUUUCUCACUUUUCAAAUAAAUGUGAAAACUACAACAUGUACUGUUACCUGUUUGGCUUCUUUUACUCAACAUAAUGUCUGGUUUGUCACUUGGUUGCUCUUAUUUCUCUUGGUAUGUGCUAUAUGUGGGGAAUGCAAUUACUGAAUGAUAGGAUAGACUUCAAGUGUAGUUUUGGUAGAUACUUUAGAUUUUCAAAAAUGUUGGUUCUACCAGUAAGUCCCCAACAGUGCAUGUGAGUGUUGGCUAUUCCGCAUACUGGGCCCACACUUUCUAACUUUAGCUCUUCAGCAGAGUGUGUGUGUUGUUGUUGUUGAAAUAUGCAUUUUCCUGAUAUGUCAUGAUUUUGAAUACUUUUUGGUGUGCUUAUUGGUUAUUUGGAUAUCUUUAUUAGGCUACCUUUUGAAGCAUUUCACCCAUUUUCAUUUCCUUUUUUCUUUUGAAGUGUUUCCUUGCUGCUAAAAAGUCCUUGGCUAUAACUAAGCUUCAAUCUGGAUCCUGAGGCUAAAAGAUGUGCAUUUGUCUGUCUCCUUGUCUUGGCUGUGCAUCCUUUUGCAUUGUCUUUUCUUCCAGCUGGGAUGUUUUCUUCACAGUAGGCUUCAGAAGUUCUGUGCUGCUUUCUUCCCAAGAUAAUGCUUCAGGGAGAAGAGUGACAUCUUUUUUUGAACAGUUCCAAUAUACUUAUCAAAAUGGAAUCUGAGGAGGGGAGGGGGGAUAGUAGAGGAUAGGAAAGGCAUCAGAAUACAACAGACACUAGUAUGGCAGUAUGUAAAAACGUGGAUGUGUAACCCUUGUGAUUCUGCAAUCUGUAUGCGGGGUAAAAAUGGGAGUUCAUAACCCACUUGAAUCAAAUGUAUGAAAUAUGAUAUGUCAAGAGCUAUGUAAUGUUUUCACCAACUAAUAAUAAAAAAAAAAUGGAAUCUGAUUAUUUUGUCCACCAUGGUGAGGGGGAUGUUAAUAAUCUGAUUUGUUUAGGACCAGCUCCCAUUUUCUCAUUGAGAAACUGGGGUUAGAAUUUGUACCCCUAAAUCAUAGAGCCCUGGCAGUUAUGAUGCACAUGGAGAGGAGCGAGAGGCAGCUGUGAGCAGGUGGGGGCUCAAAAUAGGGGCAAUAUUGCACCUUAUGCUGACUUCGGGAAAUACAAAGUCUGGGAACUUACCCAGUGUUUGUUCCUAGAAAUCCUUUUAGAAUGUCAGAUGCCAUAUGUCUUUUAGAUUGCUAAAAAUUGCUCUCAGUCUUUACAGAACAUAAAAAUAAGUAGAGAUCUAAGUGUUCUUUAUGAAGUAUUUGCCUAGACCAAGAUAAUGAAUAUAUUUUAUGUUUUCUUCUAGACCCUUCAUUGUUUGACUUCUUGUAUUUAGGUUGGUGAUCCAUUUCAAGUAUUUUUGUUUGUUUGUUUGUUUGAUAGGGUGUGAGGUAGGAUGCAGGUGUAUGUGUACAGAUUUAUCCACUAGAUCAUGUUUUCCCUCUGCUUAGGUAGGCAAUCUGUCUUUUGGUUUGUUUGUCUUUCCUUGCAGCAGCACCAUACUAUCUUAAUUUGUAUUGCUUUGUAGUAUUUUUGGAAAUCUAAUAAUAAAUUCUCAUUUUAGAAUUCAUUAAUUUUUAUAAAAAUAUUCAGGGUCCAUUUUAUAGAAUAACCUAAGGAAAAUUGACAUCUUUACAGAAUUGCAUCUUUCAAUUGAUGAACAUGAUGCAACAAUCCAUUUACCUUGGUUGUCUUUAACUUUUCUGAAGGCGUUUUGUAGUUUAAUUGUAGAGGUCUUGAAUGCCUUUGUUUAAUUUAUUUCUAGAUACGUGGUGUGUUUUGCUUUGUAAAUGUUUUUAUUUUUAAUUUUUGGAUUAGUACAUACCUUUGCAAUAUCUUUUCCUUACAUCAGCUUUAAAGCUAGUGACAUAAAUUUAACUCACUCAAGUAAUUCUCACCAGGUUUCUAAACCUUUUAUUUAUUUUUCUUGUCUUAUUUAAUGAAAAGAGGUCAUGAAAUUGAAUAUCUUUUCCUUGUUCCUGUAUGAAAGAGUAUUCAACAUCUCACCAUUAAAUAUAAUGCUACUUGUAAAUUUUCAUAGAUAACUUUUAUCAAAUUAAGGGAAUUCUGUUUUGUUCCUGGAUUGUCAAAUGUUUUUAAAAAUCACAAAUUGAUAUUGGAUUUUAUCCAGUGCCUUUUCUGCAUGUAUCAGGGCCUUUAAAAAAUCCUUAAUUCUAACAAAGUGAACUAUACAUUCUUUGAUUUUCAGUUGGUAAAACAACAUGUAUUACUGGAAUAAAUUAAACUUGUACA